UUAUUAAAAGUUUCGAUCGAUUUCAAGAAAACAUUGUGGGAAGUUUCAAUUGAUUUCAAGGCAACAUUGUGGGAAGUUUCAAUUGAUUUCAAGGCAACAUUGUGGGAAGUUUCAACCGAUUUCAAGGCAACAUCGUGGAAAGUUUCAACCGAUUUCAAGAUAUCGUUGAGGGAUUUAUUUAUUGUAUCUAAUAAGGAUUGGGCGACGAUGGUCUUGUUGUCCAUGAUACUGUUGAUUAGUGGAAUGUGGCGACAAGUGGAUUGGUGA